AUGAAGUUUAUUGCCGUAGCAACUUUAUGCCUGAUUAUAUUUGCUAUUGAUAUCAGCUCAGCUAAAGCUGUUAUUAAGAAUUUAAAUCGUUUAAAAGCUGGUGAUCAAGAUAUUUACAGUUUUAUCAAGCAUAUGAUGGAAAAACAUCGUGGAAUGCAACCCAAUAUGGCAGAAAAUAAGAGAUUGACUUCUAACAUUGCGGAUAGAUCACCAUCAGAGAAAAUACUCAAGCUACGUCUUGAUGAUCGGUAUCAUGAACUACUACGCAGGAAAGAAGAUGCAUAUGACGAACUAGAUCGUUAUGUUAGUCAAUCUAUCAGGAAUAGUCGUUUUCGGUCUUUUAAGGGAAUUAAUUUAGAAGACAUGUUGAAAUCAAGAAACGCAUUUAAUGAAUUGACGCCAGAACGAAAGGAACUUGCUGCCAAACCUCCAAGUCGAGUUGACGAAAAAGGCGACGAUAGAGACGAUAAUGAAACCACAAGCGAAAAUGAUAACUCUAGUCAAGAUGAUAAAAUUCAUGGAGAAUCCAGUGAAAAUGAUAAGAAUAACGGGGAUGAUAGCAAACAGUCUGAUUUGUUAAAGCAGCAAAAACAACAACAACAACAACAACAACAGCAAGACAAUGAAGAAUAUGAAAAGCAAAAGCAAAAGGUUGAGCAACAGCAAAAAUUGCUACAAGAGCAAGAGGAAAUGAGAAAACAAAAACAGAAGUUUCUUGAAGAAACUGGCAAGAAAGAAAAUGAUAAAGAUAAGGAACCAAGUAAAGACAAAAAUAAACAAAAAGGUUGUAAACUAGGUACAUUUUGGUUCUAUUGCAUCUAA